UUUUUUAUUAUUUCUUUUGUUUUUUUUUUUAGAUGGUAAGAAACAAUAUAAUAUAUCAACCAUGGGAUUUGAUAUCAUCAGCAGGAAAAAAGAAAAAUAGUGAUAUGCAUGACAGUAGCCUUUUUAAAAAAGAAUCAUUAGCACCUAUUAUUACAACGCAAGAAGUUAUAGCUCAAAGAUCUCAAAGUUUUGCAUAUGGAACAACAAAGACUACAGAAAAAUCGAAAGAUCCUAUCGUUUAUCCAGCUUUAUUAUCGAAAAUUGCAGUUGAACUGAGGCAAAGGAUCAUAUUGUCUGAUCAUAUCAAGGAUGAAGUUGAAUAUAAAAACACAUUUGAUGGUAGACAAGUUGUUGACUUGAUAUCUUUGAUUAUACAACCAACAACUUCUGAUAGAAAUUUAGCUUUAAGAAUAGGAAGAGAAUUAGGCUCACAACGCUUAUUUCAUGAUGUUUGUUACGAAACUCACCUAAUGGAUUCACCUUUUUAUUUUUAUGAAUUUUCAAAUCAUCAUCGAACCUUUUAUAAUUUGAAGACUGAGGCUCAUAAAAAUAAUAACUUAAAUCCAAGUGGAAUUAUUACAGAGCUAACCUAUUGUUAUGUACCUACGUGUUGGGAUGUAAAGCCUUGUUACAGUCCUAUAUGUCCAAAGAGAUUUACUCAGUUGAAAUUGGCUGAUAAUAGCAAACGUAAACAUUCUCGAUUAAAAGAGAAAUCUGCAGCUAAUCAAUUAUAUGAUUACUGGGCAGAUAGAGUAGAUAAAAUACUUUAUGAUUCACUUUCGAAACUUGAAAGAAAAAGGCAAGAAAAUAUUUAUGAAUUGAUAUAUACAGAACAAGAUUACAUUCAGAGUUUAGAAUAUUUACAAGAUAUGUGGAUCAAACCAUUGACAGAAAGGCCUAUUCUUCCUACUUCUCGACGAGAACAAUUUAUACAAAAAGUAUUUGGUUAUAUUGAUGAUAUUUAUCAAGUUAAUAUUGAAAUGUUACGAGCAUUACAAUUACGACAAAAUCAACACGCUAUUAUUAAUCAAAUCGGUGAUGUUCUUAUUAACUUUGUAAUUAAUUUUGAGCCGUAUAUUCAUUAUGGUUCAAAGCAAUAUGAAGCUAAAUAUGUUUUAGAGAAUGAAAGAUACUCAAAUUCAAAUUUUAAUGCAUUUGUCGAGAACACAGAAAGACACCCUAAUUCAUUAAAACUUGAAUUAAAUGGUUAUCUUACAAAACCAACGACUCGACUAGGUAGAUAUACGCUAUUAUUAAAUGAAAUUUUGAAACAUACACCACCAGGGCAUCCUGAUUUAGAAAAUUUGCCAAAGGCAAUUGAUAUUAUUAAACAAUUCUUAUCUCGUGUUAACAUUGAAACUGGGAAAGCUAAAAACAAAUUUGAUAUUGAACGAAUUUAUUAUAAUCUAUCAUUCAAGUUCAGAACUGAUGAAGUAAAUCUAGAUUUACUUGAUGAAAACCGUACUAUUAUUAAACAAGGAAUAUUAAAAAAAUCCCCUCAGUCUGACUCUAUUGAAUAUCAAGUAAUUCUGUUGAAUAACUAUUUGGUGAUAGCAAAGAUCAAGCUAAUUAAUGGCACAACAGAACAAUACGUGAUACAGAAAAGGCCUAUACCUAUUGAGUUUUUAUAUGUCUAUUUCCCGGAUAUUUCAUUGAAUAGCAGUAAAAGAUCAAGUGCAUUAGCAUUAACUUACCUUUCUACACAUCAUACUAUUGCAGUCGUUCCAACAACAUCAGUAUCCACUGAUAUUAGGCCUUAUUUGCAACAAAAUACUACUAAAAAUCAGCAAUAUCCGAUUACAUUUCAACAUUUGGGACGAAAGACAUUCACUGAAUAUACCCUAUAUGCAACAUCAGCAGCAACUCGUAAACUAUGGUUAGAGAAAAUUCAAGACGAACAGGAGAAAAAAACUAACCGUAGUCCUAUCUUUGAAUUAACACCUGUUAUUCAUGCCUUUAAUAGUUUGAACAAAAUCAAUCAUUUUAUUACAUUUAAUAAUGGACAACAGUAUUUAUUAGCUGCAGAUGAUGGCGUCUAUGUAGGCCAUCACAAUGAUAAAUGCCCAAAUGUAUUACCACAUAAAGUACUAUCUAUUGAAAAAGUUACUCAAAUACAGGUUAUUGAAAGCACUGAAACGUUACUAGUGUUGGCCGAUCGAACAUUAUGGGAAUAUCCUUUAGAUAGUGUGAAUGGUAAACCAGAAACACAGCCUAAAGGGCGUCUUGUCCAAAACCAUGUUCCCUUUUUCAACGUAGGCAUAUGUUUAAAUCGUUUGAUGGUUUGUAUACCCAGAGUUUCUGCUCUAAAUUCUGUUAUUACCAUCUAUGGGACUACAAUUGAACAACACACUAGUAAAUCAGCAACACCACAACAAAAUAAAAGAUUAUCUGAUGCCUUCAGUCGUUGGGUCUCAGUAUAUAAUAAAACUUUAUCAUCUGAUGAAUUAAUACAUUUGAAAAAGAUUAAGAACUGUUAUGUACCCUGUGAGGCGUAUGCUAUUGAGCUUUCGCCUACAAUGAUGCUGAUUACAACUUCAAGAGGAAUGAUUAUGGUGGACAUGAAAACAGAUCAUCCACAACAAUUAUUGAAUCCUGCAGAUAAAAACUUGGCGUUUAUUCUGGAACGUGAAAAGGAGGCUUCUUCAUUAAAUUUGCGACAACCCAUCAAACAUAUAGCAAUUUUUAGAACUCCUCGUAAUCAUUAUUUUGUCUGUUACGAUGAAUAUGCGUUUUACAUUGAUAGUAAGGGAAAUCGUUUAUUUGUUAAUUUCUUGAUAGAAUGGGAAGGAAAUCCAGAAGGUUAUGCAUUUUGCUAUCCAUAUGUUAUGGCCUUUGAUUCUACCUUCAUUGAAAUUAGAAAUGUAAUCACUGGAACCAUUGAGCAAGUGAUUCGUGGAAAAGAAAUAAAAUGUUUAAAUAAUGGUCAUAAAACGGAGCUACCUUUGAUAUUUGGUUCCAUGAUGGAUGAAAAUGAUCGACAAUUUGUAUUUAAACUAUUAUUAACAGCUAAUGAGCAAACAAACAUAGGAUCAAAUAUGCCCUCUUCUACUUUAUACUAAAAAAAGAAAAAAAAAAAGAAAAAAAAAUAGAGGAGGAGGGAUUUAG